AUGGCCGCCAGUAACAGGACACUAUGGCAAUGGGAAGACUUGCUCGCUAAAUACCCCAAAGUCGAGUUCAUAUGGCUAGAGCUCCUGUGGUAUACGGCCAAUAAGUUCGUUCGGAUGGUGCCCAGAGCAAAGUUCGAAGCAAUGAUCCAGAGUGACACCUACUUUAAUGUCCCUCUGGUGGCGUUUUACCUUACCCCAGGUGACCAUCCGGCUAAAGGCGCCUCGCCCAGUGGGUCGUUUCGGUUAUGCCCCGAUUUAAGUACAGCAUAUUGCCAGCCAGGCUCAGGGGGCACCCGUCUGGUCAUCCAGUGCGAAUGCAGGCAAAAAGAUGGGUCUCCAUUAGAUUUGUGCGCGCGAUCCCGCCUCCGAACACUGGAUGAUGCCCUACAAUGGAAAAUGGGCAUUGACAUUUUGAUUGGAUUUGAGAUCGAAGUGAUAUUUAUGAAACCCGAGCAACCACGUGAUGGGACACCAACUUUCAGCACUCUGAGCGCGCUUCAUUCAUGGUCCUCUAUAACACGAGACGACUUUAUGUAUCUGGACCUUAUCGAGCGCAUUGUGCGCUCAUUGGCCGACGUCGGUAUUACGCUGGAGCAUUUUCAUUCCGAGGUAGCACCAGGACAGUGGGAAUUCGUCCUUCCCCCAGAUAGGCCAGUCCAGGCCAUUGAUUCACUUCUCAAGGCUCGAGAAACGAUCAAGUCGGUGGCCCGUUCAGGCGGGCUACAUGCCACCCUAUAUCCCAGGAUUUCAGAUGACGACAUCGGAACCGGUGCACAUGUCCAUAUAUCUGUCAACACCCGCAAUGGGUAUGCCCAGCGGCCCGAGAGCUUCUUUGGAGGUGUAAUACAGCAUAUGCCUUCCAUCCUUGCGUUUACAUUACCGCAAGAAGUGAGUUACCAACGAGUCCAGACGGGACUGUUUAGUGGAGGUGAGUACGCCUGCUGGGGCUGGGAGAAUAAGGAGGCAUCGCUAUGCCGCAUUGACGUGAACCGUUUUGAGUUCAAAUUGAUGGACGGGCUUGCAAAUCCUUAUCUUGCCCUUUCGGCUAUCUUAGCUGCGGGUUUAGACGGUCUGAAGAAAGAAAUACCCCUCCAAGGUGGGCCCUGCGACGACGCCUAUGCGCAUCUCCAGCCAGAAGAGCAGAAAGCGCUUGGCAUAACGACCAUGUUGCCAAAAACGCUUGAGGAUAGUUUGGCCACGUUGGAAGCAAACCCCGCAUUAUGUGCACAGCUUGGACCAGGUAUGGUCUCUGCCUAUGUUAUGUCUUGGUAUACGAAGCUCACAUCCCGGACGCAUUCUGUCUAUCAUCUCUGUGGCAUAUCGUCCCUGUAUGUUAAGAAUAUGGAUGUAAAGCUUAGAAAGGAGGAAAUACUUUCGGUUCCUAUGGACUUGGCAUUGAUCAAAACUUGUACCUCAAACUAUGCCCCAUAUUUUCAGCUCCUUGUCAUGUCGUUGCUGAUAUCUUAA